GAGCAAGGAAAUCGGCCGUACAAUCCACUGUCUCAAGCAGUCGAUACUUGUGACGCAGCCCAUUGCGUCUCCUUUGCGUAUUAUCACAAUGCAGCGAUCAAGCUAUACCCCUACUCUCGUGGGGCUUUGCUCGGCAUGCCGCAAAAGGAUUGCCUUCGCAAACGCAGCAUCGCUUUUUCAUGCCCUCGCCCGCUCCAGUAUCAACCACGAUCAAAUUGGUCCGAGUAGGGGUUGUAACGCGCCAUUUCAAGCCCGGAUAACGAGGCGACAAUACAGCACGACCAAGUCGGCGGCAGCGUCACAACGAUGUCUCAGCGACUUGCCAGACAAAGUUGAAAUACUAACGGGCCCUCUUGGUCGUCUGUCCAAAAUUCUGAAGCCAAGACAGUCCAGCAAAAUCACAACUCGCGUCGGAAGCAGUUUUGGAGGUGUUCAUUCUCUGCGGUGGACGUCAACACCAAACAACUUGCUCAUCGUCAAAAAACAAAACGACGCAAAGGCUCUACGGGCCAUGAAACAUGUCAUAGAGCACGUGAAAGCUGUCUAUCCUGUGAUGAACAUUCUCGUCGAGCCAGACGCGUUUCAGGAGCUGAAUGCAGCAGAGUUGAUAGUCUUCAACCCCGAGCAAUCAAGCGACCGCGCUGUCUUAGCGCAAAAAGCAGACGUAGCAAUUACACUCGGUGGUGAUGGCUCUAUCCUCCAUGUCUCUUCUCUAUUCGACCAGUCACCAGUUCCCCCGGUCCUCAGCUUCAGUAUGGGAACGCUCGGAUUUUUACUCCCCUACAGCAUCUCAGCUUUCGAAAGCGCCUUCCAGAUGCUCGUCCAGGGAAAAGUGAGCCUCAUGCUCAGAAUGAGGCUACGGCAAACAUUACAUAACGGGCGUGGAGAAGACAUCUGCAGCGAUGGAAGCCGAUGCAAAGAUAUACACCUCAUGAACGAAAUCGCACUGCAUCGCGGGCGAGACCCACACAUGACAACGAUCGAUGCCUUUGUGAAUGGUACACAUCUGACUCGCGCGAUUUCUGACGGUCUUAUCGUAGCGACUCCGACCGGUUCGACUGCCUACUCACUUUCCGCAGGCGGUCCCAUCGUACACCCCUCCGUGCAAUCACUGCUCUUGACACCCAUCUGUCCGCGGUCUCUGAGCUUUCGCACCGUCUUGCUGCCCAGCGAUACCACCGUUCAGCUCAAAGUUGCACGCGAAUCUCGCUCAUCGGCGGACCUCAGCGUCGAUGGGCGGCAUUUUCACACUCUCCAGCCGGGGCAGUACCUGCAAGUGACGAUGUCGCCGUAUCCGAUCCCCUGCGUUAACUUUUCGACCGAAGCAGGAGGACCUCAGGAGGAUGUACGCGACGCAUCGCAUGUGUCUCGGCUCAUCGAAGAAGGCGCUGACUAUCCUGCGCCAGCAAUUCCCGGAUCAUCGAACGACGGAGAGAACACUGCAAGUGAUUCGACUUCAGAGAGAGGGGAGGACAGCUGGGUGCGCGAUAUUAACACACUUCUGAGGUUUAAUGCGUCUUUUGCGGGGAGAGGCCUGCUGGGCGGCAAUGGCUCGUACGAAGAUAUCCACGACGAUUGCGAUCAGACAAAAUAGUAAAGAGAAAC